UUUCUAACUUUGUUAGUUCCUGCUUUUCUCUUGGCCAUUCUGAAACACCAUAACAUUGUUUUUUCAUUGCACAAACUGGUGCAUCCCCGUUCAGAGAAGCUGGUAUACUUGGAGAGGCCAAUUGUGUCAAUUUCGGAGAAACUGACAGCCCAACAUUAAUCGCACAACAUUAAUUCUGUCACUUAUGUUGUGGGUGUUGGCAAACAAAUGGCUGAUGUUGGCAGUUCUCGAUGUGAAACUAAUAAGACUGUUGCCAAGAAUGAACAGAAAGUUGAUGCUUGCAAACAAGUUUCAGAGAAUGCAGUUGUAAAAAUUGUUAACGAGAAUCCCUCUGUUGGUGUUCAGACUCUUCAGAGUACAUCAGGUUCACAUGGUACGCGUGAAGUUCCAACAACCGGGGUUGAUGGGGUUGCUGAAAAUGCGAAUGGUAGACAUGAAGAUCCAACAGCAGAGGUUGACGGGGUUGCUGAAAAGAUUAAUGAUUCGAGAGAGAUCAAAAUAUCUAACCAAACUAGGUUAUAGUACUGCUUUUCAGGUCAAAUUAUGUAAAUGUCUUCAAUCUUUCUCUGCUUUUUUUCCUGUCUUUGUGUUUAUUGAUCAUGGUCGAUAUUCUGUUAGGGUUCCAUGUGAAAUAUGACAUUGGAAGUCAAUUUGUGCAUGAUAUGUACUGUUCUUCCAAUGAUUAGCUAGCUGUUGGAGAAGGAAUUGUCCUAGGGAUAUUAAGGCAAAUGAUUUUAUUUAAGUACAUGUAUUUUGCAUAAUAUUUUUACAGGAUAGUUUUUUAUGUCCCUUCA